AUGGCUGGUGUAGGUCCUAUUGUUAGGUGGAGGAAAGUUUCGGCGGCCACUGGGAAUGUCCCCAGAUCAAGACACGGACACAAAGCUGUGGCUAUCAAGGACUUGAUCGUGGUUUUCGGUGGUGGGAAUGAGGGAAUAGUGGACGAACUUCACGUUUUCAAUACGACAACCUGCCAAUGGUUUCUUCCCGCUGUACAUGGAGAUAUUCCUCCAGGAUGUGCAGCUUUCGGAAUGCUGGCAGAAAACACUCGUGUGCUCAUGUUUGGUGGCAUGCUUGAGUAUGGCAAAUAUUCAGGCGACUUAUACGAACUACAAGCCUCUCGUUGGGAAUGGAAACGUCUAAAGCCUAAGCCUGCUAGAAAUGGCCCCUGUCCAUGUCCAAGGAUCGGGCAUAGUUUUACUCUUGUUGGUCAGCGAGCAUUUUUAUUUGGUGGGAUAACAAAUGACAGCGAUGACCCUAAAAACAAUAUACCAAGAUACUUAAACGAUCUGUACACUCUGGAAUUAAAACCCAAUUCAAGUACUAUGUGUUGGGAUAUUCCAAACACAUAUGGUCAGCCACCUACACCUAGAGAAUCUCACAGUGCAGUAGCUUAUCAGGUCCUUGAUGGAAUGAUAAAGAAAUGGCGUCUUUUGGUGUAUGGUGGCAUGUCCGGUAACCGACUUGGGGAUCUUUGGCAAUUAGAAAUUGAUACCAUGACAUGGAUCAAACCUAUCGUUAGUGGAGAUCUACCGGCUCCACGCAGUCUUCACAGUGCAACUGUAAUCGGAAACCGCAUGUUUGUCUUCGGUGGAUGGGUUCCUUUGGUCAUGGAAGAAAUUAAAAUGACAGCUCAAGAAAAAGAAUGGAAGUGUACGAAUACUUUAGCUAGUCUCAAUCUUGACACAAUGGUUUGGGAACCAUUGACAAUGGAAGUUGCUGACGAAUGUCUUCUACCUCGAGCCCGUGCUGGACAUUGUGCUGUAGCUGUUCACAGUCGUUUGUACAUUUGGUCUGGUCGUGAUGGAUAUAGAAAAGCAUGGAAUAAUCAGGUUUGCUUCAAAGAUUUAUGGUUUUUGGAAACUGACCGUCCUGCUGCUCCAACAAGAGUUCAGUUAGUUCGUGCUGGCACACAAAGCCUCGAAGUAACAUGGGGUUCUGUACCUACUGCAGAUGCUUAUAUUUUACAAAUUCAAAAGUAUGAUGUUUCUCCUUCCACAACUUCCACACAUUCCCUGACAUCUUCACCAGUAGAUACAAGUGGAAUUGUUAAAGCUCCAUUAACUGCAUCUGCGGGUUCUCUGAACUUUUCAAGAGCUGGUGCUAUUUCACAGGCCCUCAUUACCACACCAGCUCCUGCUAAUUCUGUUCCGAUACCAACCCCUAUCAGAUUACCUACUACUACUGCCGCUGUUGGUUCAAUAAUACCAAACUCAUGCGUCACUAUGGCUGGACAGAGAGGACCUACUGUAGUUACACCGACAGGUUUAAAGAUCACACCUGUUCCAGGCAGUGCUGUUACAGGACGGACGGCAACUAUCGCAACUGUAGCACAACAUUCCAGUGCAGUUAAUCCAUGUGGUCCGACGAUCAUUCGAAGUUCAUGUCCUCCAAUCGCUCCGAAGCAACACCUUAUUACUGUUAGUGGCAAGCAGGUGGUUUCUGCAGUUUCUGUCGCGAAUAACUCCGGUGUAGCUAAUUCGAAUCCAAAUCAAGUAGUACACAUUGUAAACAAGUCAACAGGUUUAAUCAAACCUAUUAAACUAGUUUCGACCACAACUUCAUCUUCAACUGCUUCCAGAACUAUCACUGUACAACAAGCAUCAGUUGGAACUGGCGUUUCAGUUCCGAAAGUAAUCAAAGCUAUUCCAGCAACGAUGCUUCAGAUGUCUGCGUCUGGUAAGCCUAUUUUAAUUGCUGGUGGUGGUGUAUGCCGUCCGGGCCAGACAACCGUUCAAGUUUCAGGUUCUGUACACAGACCAGCUGGACAGCAAAUAGUUAUCAUGAGUCCAACAAUAUCCUCAUCAACUGCCGUGCCUGCAUCAUCAAAUUUGUACUUAUCUUCUGGAGGUGCUACCAGCCAAAUAAUACGACAGGGAAAUCAAACACAGGUAACCUUAGUCCGACGGGAUCAAUAUGAUUCAACACAUGGUAAUGCGAAUGAUCCAAGUAAUACUACGUCAUCGAUUCUCCAAACUAUUCCACAAUUGGAUGGUGCUAUUGAUGAUGACGAUGAUGAUGUUGAUGAGGACGGUGGUAGUGCUAAAACCGAUGCUUCAUCAGCCAUCCUUUUGGAGUCUAAUUUAGGCAAAGAAAAGUUACAUAUGAAAGGAAAUGUGGAUAUUCUACAAACUGGCAGUCAACAUUCGCCAGCAUAUACAACAGAUGCAAAUUCCGAUUUACAUACGUCAUUAGCCGUGGAAGCUGCUGCUGAACUACUUGCAGACAUUGGUGAUGACAAUACAUCAGCGUAUUCAGACCAAAAUUCAGCGAGCGUUUCGAAAGAAACUGAUCAGGCAGUCAGAAAUUUGAUUGAUAUCAAGCCUAAUGUAUUAUCCGAAAAUGUCUCUUCUAAUACUGAUCAUGGAAAAGAUUUCAGAGGAAAUUCAGGAUCUUAUGAAGAUCCAGUACAUGCUAAAGAUGGGAAGGAAGGAAAUGGUAGUUCUCUUACUGAUCCUUUGGAAACAUUAGCGUUAGUUGCUGCUCGCCGAAGUGGAAGCGGUGAUGAUCACGAAAAUGAUUCAGUCAUCUCACAUUCUACAGUUUAUUCCAAUUCUGAUUCACAUGUUAUUUGUAAUUCAAAUUCUGGUCGAUUAGUUGCUGUUUCUCUCCCUUAUUCUCGCCUGUCACCAUUAUCUUCCACUUUAGGAGGGGGACAAGUUUCUCGUUCUGUGACAGGUUUGGUCGCGAAUUCCCAUUCAAUCGUAACAACAUCUACCAAUUGUUCUUUAAUAAGUUCUUCGACUACUGUAACACCUGGUACAUUGAUUAGUCGAGGCGACAAUUCUUGGCAUGACGUUGGCGUUAUUAAGUCGACAAAUUAUACUGUAACAAUGUAUUCAGCCUGUACAAAUGAUGCUGGUGUACAUAUGGAAGCUAUCACCGCAUUACAGGGUCCCAAUGGGAUUGGACCGAAUGGACUAACUACACAGGGUCCUAAAUUCCAACUCGCUCCUGGAACAGCCUACAAAUUCCGUGUUGCAGGCCUCAAUGCUUGUGGUCGAGGUCCUUGGUCGGAGAUAAGCGCAUUCAAAACCUGUUUACCAGGUUACCCAGGGGCUCCCAGUGCUAUAAAAAUAACUAAAUCAGACAGUGGUGCACAUUUAACGUGGGAAGCGCCUCAGAACACGGCGGGAAAGAUUACAGAGUAUUCUGUCUAUUUAGCUGUCAAGUCUCAGACUGCAGGACAAGAUUCUACAGAGAGCAAGGUCGGUUCUACACCAUCUGGUAUGGCAUUCGUUCGUGUAUAUUGUGGUCAAUCACCCUCAGCAACUGUUACUUCUGCAACAUUGGCUACUGCUCAUUUAGAUCUUAGUUCAAAACCUGCUGUGAUCUUUCGGAUUGCUGCUCGCAAUGAAAAAGGAUAUGGACCGGCGACACAAGUUCGUUGGCUUCAAGAUGUAUCUAAUACACCUUCCUCUGUUGCUGGAAUAAGUCCUCAACCCAUCAAUUUCCAAGCAACAAAUGCCUCACAGCCGGUUACCAAGCGUGCUCUGAGUUUAGGAACAUCACAAGAAGGAGCUUUUACUACACCAGUCAAGCGAUUAAAAUCAGAUGAUCAAUUAUAG